GCCGCUCCUCAGUACACUCGCAUCAAUCAAUCACCUGCGUAAACACUGUGAAGCUUUUAUUUAUACUAUUUCUGGUCUUUUAAUAACACCAUUUUAUCUUUGACACACAGAAGCUAGUGGGAAGGCAUCAAAAAUCUUGAGGUGGAACAAAGCACAAUAAUGUCUUUCAUACUCUGUGAGGUCUGCCACAUAGGAAAUAAUUUCUCAUUUAAAAUAUUUUACUGCAAAAGUGGUGAAAUUAACAGUUAUUCCAAGACCCCGGAAAGCAGGGGGCCCUCAGCUCUGCUUAUCACUUGAUUAAUGGGUAGGGCGGACUCUGCAAAUGACAGAGACCCUCCUGGGUAAAAAUGCAGUAUAGCAGGUGGAAGGUGGAUGAGCAGACUCUUAGAGUAUCUCAAUAGAAAUGCUGAAGUACUUAAGUUAACAAAUCUGUGUUUCUAACCCACAGCUUUGAAGAUGGCAUUGUUGGUCUGCCAGUCACAGUGGUGGAAGAAAUACUCAGAUCUUUUACUAAAUUCAUAGUAGCAAUAGUACAGAAAUACUUUGUUACAGGUAAAAGUCCUGCAUUCAGAAUUAGACUUAAAUAAAAAUACAAAAGUAUGAGCAUCAAAAUGUCAAACGUAAACCCAUUUCACAAUUUCUGCUCAUUAUCGUUAUGUGUUUGCAUUACUGUAUUUCCUCAGUGCAAGAAGAGAUUAACAUUCUUUGUUUUCACACAUGAAGAGGAAUCCACUGCCAGUCAGUCAGAGCCUGAAAUUACAUGAGUUCAGGUGUAUCAUCUCCCAUUCAGCCUCACUUUAUUUUGCAUUUGUUUUAUUUAUGGGCAGAGUCACAGUUUCUGUCACUUUAACCAUUUUUGCAGUGAAAUGUUUUUGUACAAGACUCCAUUUCAUAUCUGGGAGACCUAAGAGAAUAUAAAAUACAUGCUUUGUUUUACUGUACCUCCAAUGGAGGUAUUUCUAAAACUAAAGCACUUUUAGAGGUCUUUCCUCCUGACUAAUAGAUUAGUGUGAUAGAAUGAUAACAACCCAGCAGCUCCUCUCUUUAGUGCAUACAACAGUGAGUCAGAGAAGCCUGGUGAGUGAAUGUAAACUGGAAGGCGAGUACACUGCACCCAUGGAUUACUUCAAAUUCACACUGGCAACUGCUGCUUCUGCUACCGCGCUGCCUUGUAUGGUCCCAAAUUUUCAAACACAGGGCACCUCUGGUCCAACCCCAGUCACUGGAGCUUUGUGUUUGUGCACUCUACCGUACAGUGAUUAAUACAUUAUUCACCGAUAUCGUGUUUAAACUCGGACAUAUUGCAUUCUGUCUGAUAAGAGUCGUUCAUAUAUCUUAUCAAGCAAUGAAAAAAGCGAUUCAAGAUCAACAUGUAUUUGUAAAUGUUAUGGAACAUCUUUGUUUGCUAGACAAAAAGACAAGUUGUAAACCUGAUUUUUAAACAGAAAAGCACAACAGAAUUUCAAGUUUUAUUUGUGUGGGUGGGUGUGCAUCCAUUUCUUAAACUAUGCUUCAUACUGACUGUGUGUUAAGAAUUAUACACACAUACACCCACGCCCAUUCAGUUCAAAAAGCAAAACUGUUUUGAUGGGAGUUCAGGCACUGCCCCCCAGUGAUGUGAAGUGGACUGCACAUAAAAAGGAGUAGCAGGUGACGGGUGCCUCUGUGGACCUGCUCUCCAGCACACAGAUCUGUAGUUUCAUCAGAGGUUUCAAAAUGUACGGACACAACCAAGGAAACCAGUACCCUCCUGGUUACCCAAACCAUCCUCAGCAGAUGCCAGGGGGAUACCCUCAACAUCCUCCAGGCACUGCACCACCCCACUGCCCUCCUCAGCCCUAUGGUCCACCUGGAGGUCAACAUGGACAUGGACCUGGACCUGGUUAUGGACCUGGACCUGGUUAUGGACCUGGACCUGGUUGUGGUCCUGGCCAUGGACAUGGACAUGGACAUGAACAUGGGCAUGGACAUGGGCAUGGACAUGGACACGGACAUGGACAGUGCCAUGGACAGGGCCAUGGACAUGGGCAUAAGCACAAGCAUAAGCAUGGUCACAAGCAUGCCAAGUGUCACAAGAAAGGAAAAGACUGUCAUGGGGCCUCCAGCAGCUCCUGCAGCAGCGACUCUGACUAAAUCAAGAUGCCUGGACAGGAAGAGUAACAAGACAAGUUGGCAUCCUCCCACCAUAUUUUCUGAUCAAAAUGUUAUGUUAAAUAUUUCUCCAGGUAUAAUUUAAAAAAACAAAAACAAAAAAAAAAGAAUACCUGCAUUUUUCACAAAAAUGUACCCCAAAAUGUAAUCACAGUCUCUGACUCUCUCCUGACAGCUAAUCCAACAUCCAAAGAUACUGGAUAUUUAAAAAUUAUUUUAGCUCAGCCGUGUCAUGAUUUGUUGACAUGGUAUGAUGUAGUAGAAGAGACACAUUAUAGGCGUUAUUGUAUUCAUGAUUGUGUUUGUGAGAAAAACAAUAAAAAAAAUUCUUUCUGUGCAUGUGAAAUGCAAGUAAAAUAACAA